GGGACAUUUCGUUCACAAAUCAAAUCUUCUCUGGCAUCCAACAAUGCCCAAUUCCAACACUUGCUCAGAAGGGCUAUCAGUACGUUCUCUCCACUACUUUUUCUGUAUUACUCCGUACUUGGAAAAGAAUGCUGCUACCUCGAGGGUGCAUAUCCUUGACCGACCCCCCUGGCCGUCAUCCGCAGUGAGUAGUAUAUAGUAAGGACGCCCGUGGUUAGCGUUGGAUCCCCCGGCCUCAGGGUGGAGGCAGACCCCCAGGAGACCCGCCACCGGCAGCCCGUUCUGGUUCGUGCUCCAGUCAACGUUCAGAUUGGAUGCAACUCUUGCCUGCCUGUUACCCGCCUUGCUUCCCGUCCGUCCACAAGCCAGCGACUUUCUGAUCUCCUUUCCUCUUUCUUUUCUUUCCCCAUCCCACCCACCACCGCGACCCGACCCUGCUGGCUACCCUUCGCGUGGUGUGAGCUGCUGCCUGUCGACCGUGAUUUGGUUCCUUUCACUUUCGUCUUUCUUUUUUUUUCCUUUUCAAAACAGGCAAUCCAUCAGUCCCUUAUUUUUUUUUUAUCCUGAUCGAUGAUUGAGGUGACUGUGCCUAGAGUCUCGGGUCAUUCUUAAUUGUCAAUUGUCUUUGCUCGAAUUUCCUGCCCGUUCAAUUCGUUCGGUGGGUCGAGGUUUUCUUCUACCAUACCGACGGCUCAACCACCCACCGAGCUAAAGAAGCAAAGCAAAAGCUCGAGGGCUUCGCCUCAUCCCCAGUGUUAGUCGACAGCAAAGGACCACGCGCGAUAACACCUCCGACGUAGCGAUUACGACCACUCAGCCCGGCCCGAGGCAUUCUCCUCGACAUACUUUUGGCCUUGUAAAAACUCAGGUCCCCGAAGGGACCCUAACAUACCUUCACUAUGGCCUCAUCUUCAUCAAACGUCGUCGGUGUGCACUACAGGGUUGGCAAAAAGAUUGGAGAGGGGUCUUUUGGCGUUAUCUUCGAAGGGACGAACCUACUCAACAACCAACAGGUGGCCAUCAAGUUCGAACCCAGGAAGAGCGAUGCUCCCCAAUUGCGCGACGAAUACCGAACCUACAAGAUUCUUGUAGGAUGCCCGGGAAUCCCCAAUGUUUACUACUUCGGACAGGAGGGUCUGCACAACAUCCUCGUGAUUGACCUUCUCGGUCCGUCGUUGGAGGAUCUGUUCGACCACUGUAACCGCAGGUUCACAAUCAAGACGGUGGUGAUGGUUGCCAAGCAAAUGCUCUCUCGGGUCCAGACGAUUCACGAAAAGAAUCUCAUUUACCGCGAUAUCAAACCCGACAACUUCCUGAUUGGAAGGCCAGGCACCAAGACGGCGAACGUUAUUCACGUCGUCGAUUUCGGCAUGGCCAAGCAAUACAGAGACCCGAAGUCGAAGCAACACAUCCCCUACAGGGAGAGGAAAUCCUUGUCAGGAACCGCCAGGUACAUGAGUAUCAACACUCACUUGGGUCGUGAGCAGUCACGCCGUGACGAUCUUGAGGCUCUGGGUCACGUAUUCAUGUACUUCCUCCGCGGAGGCCUGCCAUGGCAAGGCCUGAAGGCUGCUACCAACAAGCAGAAGUAUGAGAAGAUUGGAGAGAAGAAGCAGACGACCGCGAUCAAGGAGCUUUGCGAAGGAUUCCCCAUCCAGUUUGAGAAGUACCUGACGUAUGUCCGUAACCUCGGUUUCGAAGAUACUCCGGACUACGACUACCUACGCGAAUUGUUCACCCAGGCGCUGAAGGAAUCCGGCGGUGUCGAAGACGGCGAAUACGACUGGAUGAAGGUCAGCAAGGACAAGAAGAACGACUGGGACAGGCAGGCGAUGCACAACCCCAACCAGCGCCCCGGCGCCUCCAACAUGGAGCUUCAUGGUGCCUCGCGAGGGGCCCAUGCAUCCGACCUACGGGACCCUCGAGCACGCCUUACAGUCGACCGUUUAAACGCCGCACAACCUCCGCCUCCUUCACCGAUCAAGGCGAACCAAGGGAAAGAUCGGCGAAACGGGCCCGGCGCCAUUAUGGCGUCGAGAGGGAACGCUGGGGGUCUAAGGGACAUGGCGACUCCGACUGGGUCGACUCAGGCCCAGUUCCAGAACAGCACUCAGAACUUGCCUCAAAGGCCAAUGCACCAGCAGAGCAACAUGACCCAGCCACAACUGAAUAACGGCAGGCCUGCCGAACCAGAGCCAACUGGCUUCCAGAAGUUCAUGAAGGUUCUGUGCUGCGGUUAGAUGAUUCAUUUGAGAUUGCCCAGGAUGAACUGCCGUCAAGCCUGAGGGACAUCUCGGUCGUCAGUCUAUUUUUAAACCCCGUCACGGAGCGGACAGAUACGCAGAUCCAGUUUUUGGACAGUCCCGGCUAUUUGCAUGUUUCGCCGAGUCACUCUUUUUUUUCAGUGACCGGACGGCUCACUUGUUUGAUAUAAUGAACCACAUCCUUCCUGUCGACCACCUCCCCGGACAGCGUCGUCCCAAACGUCGACUAUAGGCCGAACCCUUUGGGAAUUCUACAUCAGCUUAUUAGGCGCGCCAGCGGAUUUUUCAUGCUCGCCGAAGGCGCGGCUUGCACCGAAUAUGCGUCUGAGCCGAGGAUUCACUAGCACUAUUGCUCCAUGUCAUGCGAUUGGCCAGAGUCCGAUUGCUGUCACAUUGAAUGUCGACGAUGAUGGAAUUGGGGCAAAGCCUUUUCAUCCUCACAAAUCACCCUCUUCUGUAGAGAUUGCGGAAGAAAUGAAAGCCAUACAAGCAGCAUACAGUUCGUUAAUAUGUUUCGUUGGGCGCGCAGCAUCGGCGCAGGGUCUUUGUUAUUCACGUUCGCCAUUCGAUUUUUUUAGUUGCAUUGGGUCUCGGGGAGUUCUCUCCUUUCAUCGAUUUUUCUAAACUAUUUUUGUUUCUUACAGCUCAUCUUUCACUCUCUUUCCUUGUCUAUAAUAUGUCCAGCAACCUUUUCGGUGAAAGAAGAAGCAACUAGCAUGGAGUUUGUCGCGAGCAAGCGGAAUAGGGGGUGAGGAGAAGAAGAUAAAACACUACUUUUACGAGAAAUUAUUUAUCCAUACGGUCCUGUUCCUACCAGGCAAUUUUGGUUGCGAGUGUUGCCGAUCUUUGUGACAUAGAAACGAUAGAAGUCAGUUCAGGUAGCUGAGCGGACCGGACUCUUCCGAGUAGUCUAUAGAUAGAUGGUGAUAGUAAUGGAC